UGUUGCCAACUUCCCUUCAGUCAUUUUACUUGGUGGCUGAUGGUUUACGGUUGACUAUUAUAUCGUUUAAAAUCUUCGUCAUCUGCAGUUAAUAUUAAUAGUGGCACUAUGAGUUCGGGAAUGCCUGAACUGGGCUCUAAGAUAAGCCUAAUAUCGAAAGCUGAUAUUCGUUAUGAAGGCCGACUCUUCACCGUCGAUCCUCAAGAAUGUACCAUCGCCCUGGCUAGCGUACGGUCUUUCGGCACGGAGGAUCGAGAGACUCAGUAUCCUGUAGCACCUCAGAACCAAGUGUAUGAUUACAUUUUGUUCCGAGGAUCUGACAUCAAGGAUAUCCGAGUUCUGAACAAUGUCCCUUCCCUGCCGAACGAUCCAGCCAUUGUUCAAAUGUCCGUACCACCAUCGCUCGGUGGUGGACAAGGUCAAGGGCAGUACUCUGGACAAUACAACCAUCCUGUGGUCGGGCAAACUCAAUACCCACAAUACCAUCCCAUGGGUGGGUUUCCUGGAAGUGUUCACCCCCAGCUGAACAAGACGAGUGAGUUAUCUCCACAAACCUCAGUGGAUCUGGCCCCACUACAGCCUGUUACUGCACCAAUCGGAUCUGGAGUGGUGCAUACCAACCAAGUGAAAGACCAAGGUUCAAUGCUAGAUCUCAUCGGCGGAGGAUCCCAGCAGGGUGUUUCUCGUUCAGGGACACCGGCUGUGAUCGGACACAGGAAGAGUCCAACCACUGAUCAGGGGACACAGCAGGCCGGUGCAUCUGGUCAAGAGCGUCGUAACAGUAGCGGCAGUAAACAGGCGGGACAGACCCGGCCACGACCCAGUUCCAGGACACGCCAGCGACAACCCAGCGGCAGCCACAACCCGCCCGCUGAACAUAUGGACAUGGUUCAAAACAACUACAACCGCGGCGGCUGGCGCGGUCGGUCCCGCGGCCGUGGUCGUGGGUUCGUGCCUCGCAACAAAAACACGCUCAAGUUCGAGAAAGACUACGAUUUUGAACAGGCCAACACUCAGUUCGAGGAACUACGUAUACAGCUGGCUAAGACUAAGAUAGCCGACGGGGAUGUUAAAACUGAGGGUGAAGUUGACAAGAAGGAUGACUCCGGCAACGAGACCGGCGCGGGGGAGGCGGAGCUCGAGGAGCAUGACGUUAUUGCCGGCUACGACAAGAAAAAGAGCUUCUUUGAUAAUAUUUCAUGCGAGGCUGUGGAGAGGUCGAAGGGUCGCAGCCAGAGGACGGAUUGGCGGACGGAGCGCAAGCUGAACUCGGAGACGUUCGGGGUGUCGUCCGCGAGGCGCGGGGCCUGGAGACCGCGAGCAUCCUGGAGGCACGGCCCGCACCCUCCGCACGGACACAUGCACCACCCUCACCCCCACCCGCACUCUCACCCUCCGGCUCAUCCUAUGUCGUACUUCCCCAGCUGGCGGCCGAUGCGAGGCGGUCGCGGUCGCCCCAACAACAACCCGAACGCUCGCCGCAACACCGCGCCGCCGCCGCAGACGCAACCGCAGCCGCAGUCCGCAGCUGCCAAGUAAGCCGAGGGGUCCACGAAGAGUAUACUGAAUCUUAAUUUAUUAUCGCGAGGACUAAUCACAAAUGGAUAAGUAACGGAAAAGUGUAUGUUGGUGAUUGAAGUGUGUUAUAUGUAAUCGAAUAAAACGUAUAAGGUGAUGAUGCAGCGGGAAGAUUAUUAAAUAUGGCACGGAUUAAAGUGACGGACAUUGUUUUGGUGUGAUAGUGUUGUAUCCUAUAUAUGGAAGGUCUAAGUUGGUAAUUCCCGUACGCAUGCAAAUGAACAAGUUUCGUCCAAGCGAUUAGCGGUCGGACAUUAGGUAACGACUCACGACACGUCUACCGCGGCUAUAUUAGGCUAAAUUCUGUGAUGAGAGGGUCAAUAAUUGUUGCCUUUUUAUAUAGAGCCCCUACAUUGUGUAAUUUGAAAACUUUAUUUAUGUUACGCCCAGAAAAUCAUAUAUUUUCGUAGCUUCUCACCUAUUAAAGCAUUUGUGCCUGUUAACUUACGAGUUAGAUUAAUGUAAACCUGUUUUAUAGUUACGGACCACGGGCGGUGUCGCAGCAGUACCACUAAUGUAUAGUUAAUGAGCUUAUGGAAAUACCUCUGAGCGAGUUUUUUUCUGCUGGACAGGUGUGACGUUAAAAUUUAUCGACGUUUAAUCCUCGAGGUGUUUCGGCUCUUAAAUAAAAUUCGCGAUGACUUUGUGAUUAAUUUGACUGUCGUUUUUAUUGUUAGUUUUAGAUGGAACGGUCCGCGUGGGACUGCGGUCCCGCGCCCGAGUCGGGGUUGUAGCGUGAAGAUUUGUUAUUAUUGUAUAGAGUCGACCUGCCGCGAGGAUUGGAGUGAUGUUGCAUCACACAAAUUUUAGUAUUUUCCUUUAAAGGACUUUCGUUUCACUGUUUCAUAUCAAGUGAUCAUUGUAUUGUAAAAUUUUAAAGUCGAUGAGAACGAGGUCAAGUGUUUGAGGUUGUUUAGCUAUUAAUUUGUUUUUUUUUUUUGACAAAAAUACAAUAUAUUUGUGAAUCUGUAACUCAAAACUGUACCUGGUGAUUGUAUUGAUACGAAAAUAUACAUUUACUACAAAUCUUCCA